AUUAAAAAAAAUAAAAUUGCUUGGGUGGAAUAAAACUAUAUAAAUAGUGCAGACAAUGACAAAUAAUUAUUUCAACUUUUAUUCGAAUUGAAAAAAAAAAUAAAUUAAAAUGAGUCGAAUUCUAUUUAUUUGUUUAUCUUUAUUGAUUUUUGGAUCGGUCACAAACGCAGUUUAUGAUUGUACUAAAGAUGGAAUUGGAGAAUUGAACGAUGUUGUAGUGGAAGGUUGUGAUGAAGAUCAAGAUCAAUGUGAAGUAGAACUUGGACAAGAUGUCAACAUUAGCAUAACUUUCACAACAAAGGCAUUGAUCAAAACUGCAUGUGCAAAAGUUGAAGCAAAUGUGAUGGGAUUGAAGGUUGAUGUUAAAAAAGAACCAGAAAAAAUUUGUGAAAAUGAAAAUUCUGGAGUCAAAUGUCCAUUAAACCAAGGUCUUAUUUUCACAUACAAAGGUACUGCAAAGGUACCAAACCUCGAACUUUUGAAGACGGUCGGAGAAGCUGAUGUUUAUUGGCGAUUAAUGAGAGAAGAUGAAAAAAGUGAAGAAAGAAAACGUCGUGAAGCUGGAACACCACCAACAACAGAAAUAGUUUGCGUUCAAAUUCCAGUAAAAAUUAAAAAAUAAAGAGACAAAAAAUAAAUUAAAACCAAAGAAAGUUUUUUGAUGAAAUAUAAAUAUUAAAAAAUUUAUAUAUUAAACAUAAUAUAUCUUUUACAAAAUUAAAUAUAAUCAAUCAAUUGACAAAUGUAUUUUGCUUCUCAAAAUAAUCAUUAUAACCAGCAGUCUUUCUGUAAAAAAAAAAAUAAAUUAUUAAAACAAAU